AUGAGAAAUAACCUGUUGACUAGGCAAUCGGCCACGGCGCUACAGCUAGAGAUGUUAAAAUCGAGAUUACCUAUUUCGCAGCGUAGUGAAAUAGAAAAACAAGUUCAGAAAAUGCUAGCUAAUGAUUUUAUUGAACCCGUGAACAGCGAAUGGUCUAGUCCAGUGCUAUUAGUAGGGGAGGCCGGGGUUCAAAGUGCCGGGGGUAGGUUGUUCCGAUCCGAAUAA